CCAUAGUUUACCGACGGUACUGAAGACUUCCUGCUAAAUGUCCGAAUCCAUUUAAAUCCCAGAAUAAACCGAUCUUUCUAAAGAACAAAACCACGCGAAAAAGACGUCAAGAGAAGCCUGCUUUGCAGAAGUGAAGAGAAAAACACAUAAUCUGCGAGAAUCUCUGAAGUUUAUAAUGGAAAUCAUGAAGAUUUUCAAUGACCCUAUUCAUGGUCACAUUGAGCUGCAUCCUCUGCUGGUGAAGAUCAUAGACACACUUCAGUUUCAGAGACUGCGUAAUAUAAAACAGCUGGGUGCAGGAUAUUGGGUUUAUCCUGGGGCAUCACAUAACCGCUUUGAGCACUCCAUUGGGGUGGCGUAUUUAGCAGGCUGUCUGAUCAAUAGUCUACAAGAGAAACAGCCAGAGCUCAAUAUAACCAAUCGAGACAAACUGUGUGUACAGAUGGCUGGACUGUGUCAUGACUUAGGUCAUGGUCCAUUCUCUCAUUUGUUUGAUUUCAUGUUUAUCCCUGAGGUCCGGGGGUCUGGUUACCAGUGGAAGGUAAGAAUUAAGCAUGUGUUAUUGAAAUAGUUUAUAAGUUAUUGAAUAUUAUUUGCUGUAUAAUAUGUGUUUUUGUAAAACAGCUCACAUGUGUGUAUCUGUGCACAGUAAAUUUCCUG